GUGUCUUGUUGUGUACUAGAUUGUAGUGUAACGCCGCGAAAUAAUUCAGGAAAUUACUCAUUUCACAGUUGUUGCAGCCGGACGUCCGCGAAAACUUAAAAAAUGCCUCGUUGCGUGAUAAUGAACUGCAACAACCCAAAAAUUGUGAGCACCCAAAGGCAAGGACAUAUUUCCUAUCACAGUUUCCCACACGAUCCUGACGUAAAAGAAAAAUGGAUUGCAGCCACGGGCCGGAAAGACUGGUUCCCGACUAAACACAGUACUAUUUGUUCCAUACAUUUCGAAAAUACCUGUUUCAUUGAAGGGAAAAAGUUGCGAUUGUUGAAAAAAACUGCAUUCCCCACUAUUGAUAUACUAAAACUCAUUGACAAUGAUGAUGAGGUAAAUACGGAUGAUACAGAACCAGGCCCGUCGAAGAGGACUCGGCAUGACUCAAACAGCUCGACCGACUCAGAUUCUAAUGAGAAAAUCAUUGAGCAAUGUCGCUUCUGCGCAGGAUACAGCAAAGACUGCAUGGAUACAUGCUACAUACCAUUCCUUAUGGAAAACAAAGCCUCCAUAAUCUUCAACGAUCUAAGUGUAAAACUGGACUUUACAGAUAAUGCUUUACCACAAACUGUAUGCCGUGACUGUAACAGUAAACUUCAGGAGAUAAUUAACUUCAUUACACAAGUAACAGAAGCGCAAAAGAAAUUUAAAGUUAAAGCUAAGAACAAUAGAAAAGUAUAUGAAUUCAAAAAUGAAACAGUCAAAGAGAAAAAUAAACAAACAAGUAAAAAACAUGAUAGCACCAGAGAUACGAUUGAAAAAGAAACAAUUACAAGAAAUGAUGAUGAUGAUGAUGAAGAUACCAGAGAUGCUUUUGAACAUAGAGAUAUUAAAGUAGAAUAUGAAUCACCAACAGAUGAAGAUACACAUAAAAUUAAAAUUGAACAUGAACCAGAUGAUAAUACAGAAAUAACAGAUUCUUUACCUGCUGAAGAACCUGUGUUAUUUAGAGGGAAUAAAAGGAAAAAUGAAGAUACGACUAUAACAAAGAAAGCUAAAGUUAUCUGUGAAGACGUUGCAUUAGAUAUGGAUAUAAAAGAAGAAGUAACAAACGACGCAAAUGAAGAUUAUCCUGAAGUUCAGGUACAAUAUGACAGUGGGACGGCUACAACUGGGAUUGGUACAACUGGGACUGUCACUACUGAGGAUGUUACAACUGGGAUUGAUACAACUGGGACUGAUUCAACUGGGAUUGAUGCGUCUAGUGCUUUAGCCAGUGUAAAAUAUAUUACUAUUGAUGGAACUACUGGAAGAUUUAGUGUUAAAUCUGUAAAUAAAAGAAAAGAAACCGAGUGAACAUUGAAUCGGAAAAAUUAAAGUGACACGAGUGAAAAAAAAAGUUUUCUGAAUAUUGUGAAAUAUCAAAACAAAUUAACCAACAAUAUUUUUAAGUAAAAGUUUAAGUAUAUAAAUUCUAAAAAGCAAGAAUUUCUACAUGAAAAAAAAAAGGGUUAUUUAUUUUAGUUAUGAAAAUGGUUGGCCAGACUACUGUGCCGUGUGUAUUUUUAAUUUAAGGGCGCCACUUCCUACUACGAACUAUCUACGAACUGUCACUUUUUUGGCGUAAAAUGCAUAUAAUGUGGCAACAAUUUAGUAUGGAGUUUUUUAGUUCCAUUUUAUUUAAUUACUAAUUAUUUCAUGUCACACUAUAAGUGUACCUAGCGGAGUUUGGUUCUGACCGCGGCCGGGGUCGGUUGUGUUCCGGGGGCCCUUUACAAUGGCAUUCGCAAUUGCAUCUUGUCACCAGAUGUUGACCGGACCGUGAUAGUUUUUACCGACGCGAGCAUCUAGAUAUGCAGUAUACGUUUCUAUAGAAUAUCUGCUUAUCUCGUAACACGUGGGUUGGUUGUAUGUGAAGUGAAACAGUGAGUGGCAAUGUUAACAGUGCAAUUUACCGGUGAGAUUUUUCCAUUUUACGUCUUUUAAAUAACGGUCCGUUCUUAACAGUGUUUGUAUGUAGGUACAACUACAUUCUGUGUUAUUGGGGUUAAGUUAGUUUAAAAACAAACAACUUA